UAUAAAUACAGAACCAGUCGCAGCAUCACACUCACCAAAAACAAAUAUCAUAUUUUGAGUGGAGAAAAUGAGUUCCAAAGCGAUUCUUCUUCUAGGCCUUUUCUUGGCUGUGGCUCUUCUGGUUUCUUCACAAGUAGCUUCCGCUACCGUUGAUCCAUCCAAGGAAACCGAUCGGCGCGGCGGAUACAAUGGUGGUGGUGGCGGAUACGGCGGUGGAGGCGGAUACGGCGGUGGAGGCAAUGGUGGUGGCCGUGGAGGCGGAUACGGCGGUGGAGGCAAUGGUGGUGGCCGUGGAGGCUACGGAGGAGGCGGUCAUGGAGGCUACGGAGGGGGCGGCCAUGGAGGCUACGGAGGUGGGCAUGGAGGCAAUGGUGGAGGAGGCCACGGAGGCUACGGAGGGGGCGGCCAUGGAGGCUACGGAGGAGGCGGUCAUGGAGGGUACGGAGGGGGCAAGGGAGGAGGCGGAGGAGGCCACGGAGGCAACCGUGGUGGGCGCGGAGGCCAUGGAGGAGACGAAGGUGGCAAUUAAUGUCCCCAUGGAUGCUGAAGGAAGGGUUAUGAAGCCAUUGCUAUUUGCUAGUGUGUAUCUAAUAUGCCAUCAAUAAAAUGCAAUGGAUAUCUACUUCUAUUAA